GCAAACUCACCGUUCUUAUUCGGUAAUUAGUUCUCUUCUCUUCGAAUUAAUCUUUUUCUUUAAAUUUGUAAGAUUCUUUUGAUUAACUAAGAUAGUUAAACAUGAUGUCUACAAGUGAAAAAUGGGGUUUAUCUCGAGGAAUGUUUUUCCUGCAUGCGAGAGUAUGUGUGUUUGCUGUCCUGCUCUCAGGUCGAGAUCUCGACAGCCUGUCAAGCGUUACAAGAAAUUGCUUGGUGAGAUCUUCCCCAAAUCCCCUGAUGGUGCACCAAAUGAGAGAAAGAUUGUCAAAUUGUGCGAGUAUGCUGCGAAGAACCCAAUCCGUAUCCCUAAGAUUGCUAAGUUUCUUGAAGAGAGGUGUUACAAGGACCUUCGAUCUGAACAGAUGAAGUUCAUCAAUAUUGUCACUGAGGCUUACAACAAAAUGCUUUGCCAUUGCAAGGAUCAGAUGGCUUAUUUCGCUACAAGUUUGCUGAAUGUGGUGACGGAAUUACUUGACAAUUCAAAGCAGGACACACCGACCAUUCUUGGAUGCCAAACAUUGACGAGGUUCAUUUACAGUCAGGUUGAUGGAACUUAUACUCACAGCAUUGAAAAAUUUGCGCUCAAAGUUUGUUCAUUGGCUCGUGAAGAAGGUGACGAACAUCAAAAGCAGUGCCUGAGAGCAUCUGGCCUGCAAUGCCUUUCAGCGAUGGUGUGGUAUAUGGGAGAGUAUUCUCAUAUCUUUGCUACUGUUGAUGAGAUUGUACAUGCCAUUCUUGAUAAUUACGAGGCAGACAUGAUUGUUCAGACCAAUCAAGACAGAGAAGAGCAAAAUUGUAACUGGGUAAAUGAAGUGAUUAGAUGUGAAGGCCGAGGAACAACAGUUUGUAAUAGCCCUAGCUACAUGAUUGUCCGACCGAGGACUGCAAGAAAAGACCCGACUCUAUUGACUAAAGAAGAGACUGAGAUGCCCAAAGUUUGGGCACAGAUUUGUCUCCAGAGGAUGGUUGACCUGGCUAAAGAAAGCACAACUUUGCGGCAAAUAUUGGAUCCUAUGUUCAGCUAUUUUAAUUCUAGACGCCAGUGGACUCCCCCAAAUGGCCUGGCCAUGAUAGUUCUGUCUGAUGCAGUAUACUUGAUGGAAACCUCUGGGAGUCAGCAGUUGGUGUUGUCGACUGUUGUACGCUAUCUUGACAAUAAGCAUGUUGCCAAUGACCCUGAGCUCAAGGCUUAUAUCAUACAAGUUGCUGGUUGUCUUGCAAAGCUGAUCAGGACCAGCUCGUAUCUCAGGGACAUAAGUUUUGUUAAUGACUUGUGUCGGCACCUAAGGAAAAGCUUUCAGGCGACAUCUAGAUCAAUCGGAGAUGAGGAACUCAACUUGAACGUGAUGCUUCAAAACUCUAUUGAAGAUUGUCUGCGGGAGAUAGCCAAAGGAAUUGUUGAUACACAGCCCUUGUUUGAUAUGAUGGCUGUUUCAGUCGAGGGGCUUCCUUCUUCAGGAAUUGUUUCACGUGCAGCGGUUGGAUCACUGUUGAUACUUGCUCAUGCAAUGUCUUCAGCAUUAUCGCCGUCUAUGCGGUCACAACAGGUCUUCCCUGACACACUUCUUGAUGCACUUCUAAAAGCAAUGCUGCAUCCAAAUGUGGAAACCCGUGUAGGAGCGCAUGAAAUAUUCUCUGUAAUUCUCUUGCAAAGUUCUGGUCAAUCUCAGGCUGGACUUGCAUCAGUGAGAGCUUCUGGCUAUCUUAAUGAAUCAAGAAACUGGAGGAGCGAUACAACCUCUGCGUUCACAUCUGUCACUGCUCGAUUAGACAAGCUCAGGAAGGAAAAGGAUGGCGUCAAGAUUGAGAAGAAUGGUUACAAUAACUCUCACGAGGAUCUUAAGAACUACAAGUCGUCCCCAAAAUUUCACAAGUUGAAUUCCAUAAUUGAUAGGACUACCGGGUUUAUCAAUCUAGCUGAUAUGUUACCAUCAAUGAUGAAGUUUACCGAAGAUCAAAUCGGGCAAUUGUUAUCUGCAUUUUGGAUACAAUCAGCACUUCCCGAUAUCUUACCUUCAAACAUUGAAGCUAUUGCUCAUUCUUUCAGCUUGGUGCUUCUGUCCUUGCGACUAAAGAAUCCUGAUGACGGGCUUGUUGUUCGAGCCUUCCAGCUUCUCUUCUCAUUGAGGAAUCUUUCUUUGGACCUUAAUAACGGCACAUUACCCUCAGUUUGCAAGCGGUUAAUCCUCGCUUUAUCCGCAAGUACGCUGAUGUUCGCUGCCAAAAUAUAUCAGAUUCCUCAUAUUUGCGAAAUGCUGAAGGCCCAACUUCCUGGUGAUGUGGAUCCUUAUCUAUUCAUUGGAGAUGACUUACAACUUCACGUGAGACCACAGGCAAAUAUGAAAGAUUUUGGGUCCUCAAGCGAUAGCCAGAUGGCUACUUCAAUGCUGUUUGAGAUGCGAAGCAAAGUAGAACUGUCCAACACUAUUAUAACCGAUAUUGUCGCAAAAGUUCUAUCGAAGCUUUCAAAGCUUGAGGAAGCUGAUGUAAAGAUGCAAAUCUUGGAGCCAUUUACACCUGAUGAUGCCUUUAUGUUUGGAUCACGGCCAAACGUUGAACCUCAACCAAACCAAAGUAGCUCUAAGGAAUCGCUGUCCUUCGAUGAGGACAUACCUGCAGGUUCAAUGGCUGAGGACGAAGUGACGAGUGAGUUCUCUGUGCGUUUCCCCCCAAGAGGAUCUCCUUCACCAUCUAUUCCACAAGUUAUCAGCAUUGGCCAGCUCAUGGAAUCUGCGCUUGAGGUCGCUGGUCAAGUGGUUGGGUCAUCUGUCUCUACUUCACCGCUUCCUUAUGACACAAUGACUAACCGCUGUGAAACCUUUGGGACCGGUACUAGACAGAAACUUUCAAGGUGGUUGGCUACCGAGAACCGCCAGAUGAAUGGGCUUUACAGAAAUUCAUCAGAGGAAUCAUCUGCACUUGAGAAGGUAGUAGAAGAUGGGAACAUCUAUGGGAGAGAAUCUGGAAUGUUGCAGGAUUCAUGGUCCAUGAUGAGACUACCUCCAGCUAGUCCUUUUGACAAUUUCCUCAAAGCAGCAGGAGCUGGAAGAUGAUGAUUCAACUAACUUGAUCAUAUCAAUCUCUGUAGAAAGUGUGUAAUCUUGUUGUUGUUAUUGAAUUUGUAGAGAACUAACUUAUCUAGGGCCAAUCACGAUGCUUC